CUGAGGUCGUGAACAUGGACUUUUCUCGGCUCCACAUGUACACCCCUCCGCAGUGUGUGCCGGAGAACUCUGGCUACACGUACGCGCUCAGUUCAAGUUAUUCUUCUGAUGCUUUGGAUUUUGAGACGGAGCACAAACUGGACCCUGUGUUUGAUUCUCCGAGGAUGUCCCGCCGUAGUCUGCGCCUGGUCACAACGGCACACCCCUCCGGGGAUAGCCAGGCCAUGGGCGCUCACUCCUGCACCAGCAGCGCUGGCUCCCUCCAGGAUGGAGUGGCCAGAACAGUAAAACAACGCAGAAGUGCAAGCAAAGUGGCUUUUAGUAUCAACCACGUGUCCAGGCAGGUCACAUCCUCAGGUGCCAGCCAAGGCGGUUCUAAGAGUCUGCAGGGUUCUGUGUCUCUGCGGCCUCCUGUGCUGGACGAGUCUCUGAUUCGUGAGCAGACCAAAGUGGACCAUUUCUGGGGUCUUGACGAUGAUGGUGAUCUUAAAGGUGGAAAUAAAGCUGCCAUUCAGGGAAAUGGUGACCUGGCAGCGGGAGCCGCCGCAGGCAAUGGCUACAUCUGCAGCGACUGUAGCAUGCUCUCCGAGCGCAGGGACGCGCUCACGGCACACUCCACUGCCCACGGGCUGACGUCAAGGAUUUACUCUAGGGAUAGGGAUCAAAAACGCGGUUCGGCUUUCUACAUGGAUAGGAUUUUGUGGCUGGCCAAAUACACUUCGUCAUCUUUUUCAUCAUUCUUAGUUCAACUUUUUCAAGUGGUUUUAAUGAAGCUCAAUUAUGAAUCAGAAAAUUACACAUUGAAAAGUGAUGAAUCAAAAAGCUAUAACUCAAAAAACCAUGAAUCAAAAGCUCAUCCCAGUUACUGUGGGCGAAUGAAUGUAAAAGAGUCUCUCAGAGAGGAUGGCCACCUCAGUGUGAAUGGGGACUCGCUGUGCGAUGAUUCUAAGGGGAAGAAGCACCUGGAAACACACACAGCCACCCACCCGCAGUGUCCACGGCCGCCAGGGCUGGCAGGGGCCCUCUGGCACGUCUGUGCUUGUGCAGGUUACUUCCUGAUGCAGAUGCUGCGAAGGAUUGGAGCUGCAGGCUGGUUUGUGUCCAGGACGGUGUGGUCGGUCCUUUGGCUGGCCUUGGUCGCUCCAGGGAAGGCAGUCUCUGGAGUGUUCUGGUGGCUAGGGAUUGGAUGGUACCAGUUCGUUACUCUGAUUUCUUGGCUGAAUGUGUUUCUUCUUACAAGGUGCCUUCGGAAUUUUUGCAAGUUUUUAAUUUUGUUCAUCCCACUAUUACUUUUACUAGCAGGUCUCUCCUCAUGGGGCCAGGGCGAUUUCCUUUCAUUCCUGCCUGUACUGAAUUGGACAAACAUACAGAGAACACAGAGCGCAGAUGACCCCAGGAACAUAUUUAAACCUGAAACUUCUCACCUGAACCAGCCUCCACAGGGUGACAAUGAGGCUUUUCGAUGGCGUUGGACACAUGACAUGGAGCAGCAAGUGGCCUCUUUAUCUGGACAGUGCCACAGCCAUGACGAGAGGCUCCAGGAGCUGACAACUCUGCUUGCAAAACUGCAGGGUCAGGUGGACCAGAUGGACGACGGCAGGGCUGGGCUGUCGGCCUUGGUUAGAGACGCUGUGGGGCAGCACCUGCGGGAGACUGACUUUAUGACUUUCCGUCAAGAACAUGAAGUCCGUAUCUCAAACUUGGAAGACAUUCUUGGAAAACUGACAGAAAAAUCUGAGGCCAUCCAGAAGGAAUUAGAACAGACCAAGCUAAAAACGACUAGCGGGGCCGAUGGGCAGCAGCUCCUGUCCACUGUCAGGCGUCUCGAGCUGGAGCUGGGUCACCUGCGGUCGGAGCUGUCAAGUUGGCAGCAUGAGAAGACCAGCUGCGAGAAGGUGGAUAUGACACGCGAAAAAGUAGAUGCCCAAGUCAGAGAAACUGUCAAACUCAUAUUUUCUGAAGAUCAGCAAGACGAUUCUCUUGAAUGGCUGCUACAAAAGUUUUCUUCUCAAUUUGUAAGCAAAGAUGACUUGCAGAUUUUAUUACGAGAUUUAGAGCUGCAGAUACUGAAGAACAUCACCCACCACAUUUCUGUGACAAAACAGAUGCCCACUUCAGAGACCGUUGUGUCUGCUGUGAAUGAGGCGGGGGUUUCUGGAAUAACAGAAGCGCAAGCGCAUGUUAUUGUGAACAACGCUUUGAAGCUGUAUUCCCAGGACAAGACUGGGAUGGUAGACUUUGCGCUGGAAUCUGGUGGUGGCAGCAUCUUGAGUACUCGCUGCUCUGAAACGUACGAAACCAAAACGGCAUUAAUAAGUCUGUUUGGAAUCCCGCUGUGGUACUUCUCCCAGUCCCCACGCGUGGUCAUCCAGCCUGAUAUGUACCCAGGAAACUGCUGGGCGUUUAAAGGCUCCCAAGGCUACCUGGUGGUGAGGCUCUCGAUGGUGAUCUACCCGACCGCUGUCACCCUGGAGCACAUACCAAAGACGCUGUCACCCACGGGCAACAUCACCAGCGCCCCCAAGGACUUCACGGUCUACGGAUUGGAAAAUGAGUAUCAAGAGGAAGGGUGGCUUCUGGGACAGUUCAUGUAUGAUCAUGAAGGGGAAUCUCUGCAAAUGUUCCACAUGCUGAAAAGACCUGAGAGAGCUUUCCAAAUUGUGGAACUUCGGAUUUUCUCUAACUGGGGCCAUCCUGAGUACACCUGUCUCUAUCGGUUCCGAGUUCACGGGGAGCCUGUCAAGUAAAGACACUACUUACUAUUUUUGUACAUUUUUGUAUAUACCGGACAGCCUGAAACACUGGAAUCCUUCAUGGGUGAGGGCAUUUAUAAUAACAGGACAGUGUCACCUCUUAAAUAAAUAUUACUGACUACCAGCAGGAGGAUGUGAAAAUUUAGGUGACAAAUGCUCUGACGCCCAACUUGCUGUGUCCACUGAAACUGCAUGUUGAGCGUGUUGUGUCCAUAGAGAUUGUCAGCAGCAGGGGAAAUUCACUGGGAUGUGUGGUUCUCAUACGUACGUUGUUUCUGAACAUAAAGCUCUUUGUAUUUGUAUUAGCAGCAGGAACAAAGCAAGUGCAGUUAGAAGGCUUGACGUGUUCUUGAAGCUUUGAUAUUUAGCCUUUCACUGGUUCUUCUGAACGACUUUUGAGGGGCAGAUCUAUUUCAUCUGUUAAAUCCAUCACACAUUUCUUUCAGGGAAAAACAAUGUCACCAAAUUUUCAGAGUUCUAAACUAUCCUUUCCUUCAAGAUGGGAUUUUCCUUUAUUCAGCACCAGUGGUUACUAAGUCUCCAGGUGGGGAAAUGACAAAAAUGUGCUUUUCUGCUUAGUUUGCUCUUACUUCUGAGAAAGAUUUUCAGUGAGGACUCAUCGUGCUACUAUCCGUGGAGGAAUAUGGAUGAGUUUCGUUCUUGUAGAUCAAAGCGAGUCUGAUUUGAAAGGGGAGAUUUGGACCUAACCACACCACACAUGGAGCUCUCUGUCUCAGCGAGGCUCUUCCCACGAGGGUGCGCAUAGGAAUAGGAACCAGGAAGUCUUGAGUGUUUUGGGUUUUGUUUUGAAUUUUGCUGAAAAGGGAACACUACGAUGCUCUGAGUCUUUCAGAGGCUGCAUUGUUAUUCUGCUGAUGGUUAUCCAAGGAGUUGUCCAGGGUGGCACAUUUAUGAAACCAUCACAUUUCAGGAUCAUGGUUUUUCCUACGUAGCAGCACUUUUUCCUGGCCCCAGUCGGAAUUUGCCUUUUAUUACGACUGUUGGGCACUCUCACUCGAUUCUUGUGAGACUCAUUUUGGUUAUAACUGAUAUUUAAUAUUUAGACUAUUUUACUGAGCAGACUUUAUAAAUGAGAUAUCUGCAAGGAACUUAAAGUGUUACAGAUGUUUUACCUUAAGAAUAAUUUAAGUUUUAUUGGGUUAAGACAGUUUUUGGUGUACCAUAAAUGUUGUAUUUUCAGAAAAACAUAAAAUGAUGGUGCUGACUGGUUUUCUGAAGAGUUUUAUGUAUAUUGCACAACAGCCCUCAAAUACAAAAAACUACAUACAGUAGCAUUUUUUUCCCUCCCCUUAGAAUUGGAACUAUGCAGUUGCAGUGGCUAAAACGUGUACAGAUGUUUCAUAUAUUACAAGUUAUGUGUAUAAAUGAAAAUUUCCUAUAAAAACCAAAUUUGGGAGUGGGGUGGAAAUAUUUUGAAUAUUAAUUUAUUUUUAAAGAUGCAAGAUAGGACUUUGUGCAAUGUAUUUUUGUAAAUGCCUUUCAAAAUAUUUGUCUUUGGUAGUGCUUCUUUUGCUGCCACCAAAUUGAUAAGAUGCUAUUAAGAUGUUUAAAUAAAAGAGUUUUAAUUUUUAAAAG